ACUCUUCUGACUGAUGAUGUCUCCCUAUGGGGGAAAGCAUGUCUACGUACUCGCCAAAACCUUAUAUAUAUACUCUAAAGAGAAGAACAUGACUGCUCGGAGUACGGCUAUGCAAUAGCAAAGGGCGUCGAUUUAAGUCACCCAUCUUGAGAUGGAGGGCCUCGCGAGAGAGACCAACCCAUCAUCCCACCAUCAAGAUUUCGCCUCCUGCGCGAGUGACGAGCGCCCGGAUGAGCCCGAGUUGGAAUUGGCAUCGCGACGGCGCCAGAAUGGUGCUGGAAACAACGAGCAUGUGAGUGAGAACAUGCUGCUUGACAGCAGCAAGUUUGGAGCUCUCAAGAGGCGUGAGUUCUUCAACAACCUGCUAAAGAACCUCGAAGACGACCACCCCCGCUUUCUGCGCAGACAAAAGGAAAGAAUUGACAGGGUUGAUGUCAAGUUGCCAGCAAUAGAGGUGAGGUAUAAUAAUCUGUUUGUGGAAGCAGAGUGCAGAGUUACUAAAGGAAAUCACCUGCCGUCUCUAUGGAAUAGUACCAAAGGUGCCUUCUCGGGCCUCGUGAAGUUGCUAGGCUUCGAAACGGAAAGAGCAAAAACCAACGUUCUAGAAGAUGUCAGUGGAAUCAUCAAACCCUGCAGAUUGACUCUUCUACUGGGACCUCCUGGAUGUGGCAAAAGCACUCUGUUGCGAGCUCUUGCCGGGAAACUAGAUAAAUCUCUAAAGGUAACAGGGGAUAUCUCUUAUAAUUGUUAUGAACUUCAUGAAUUUGUACCUGAGAAAACAGCUGUGUAUAUCAACCAACAUGAUCUGCACAUAGCUGAGAUGACUGUGAGGGAAACUUUAGACUUCUCAGCCCAGUGCCAAGGUGUUGGAAGAAGACCAAAAAUACUCAAGGAGGUGAACACAAGGGAGAGUGUGGCUGGGAUCAUACCUGAUGCGGACAUCGAUCUAUACAUGAAGGUAGUAGCAGUUGAAGCUUCAGAGCGAAGCCUACAGACAGAUUAUAUUUUGAAGAUCAUGGGGCUAGAGACAUGCGCAGACACGAUGGUUGGGGAUGCAAUGAGAAGAGGAAUAUCAGGGGGGCAGAAGAAAAGAUUAACCACAGCCGAGAUGAUUGUGGGACCCGCAAAAGCAUACUUUAUGGAUGAAAUAUCAAAUGGUCUGGAUAGCUCUACCACUUUUCAAAUAAUCAAUUGUUUCCAGCAACUGACAAACAUCAGCGAGUACACGAUGGUUAUUUCACUUCUUCAACCAACACCUGAGGUAUUUGAUCUUUUCGAUGACCUCAUACUAAUGGCAGAAGGGAAGAUUAUCUACCAUGGCCCUCGAAAUGAAGCCCUCAAUUUUUUUGAGGAGUGUGGGUUCAAAUGCCCAGAAAGAAAAGCGGCAGCUGACUUUCUCCAAGAGAUCUUGUCCAGGAAGGACCAAGAACAGUACUGGUUGGGUCCACAUGAAUCAUACAGAUAUAUCUCACCUCAUGAAUUAUCAAGCAUGUUCAAGGAGAAUCACAGGGGGAGAAAACUACAUGAACAAAGUGUACCUCCCAAAAGCCAGUUCGGCAAGGAAGCUUUAGCAUUCAAUAAGUAUUCGCUACGAAAACUGGAAAUGUUCAAAGCCUGUGGAGCAAGGGAAGCACUCCUAAUGAAAAGGAAUAUGUUUGUUUAUGUCUUCAAAACAGGCCAGCUUGCCAUUAUUGCACUCGUAACAAUGUCUGUAUUCCUUCGAACUCGCAUGACAAUAAGUUUCACUCAUGCAAAUUACUAUAUGGGAGCAUUAUUUUUUUCCAUCUUCAUGAUUAUGCUAAAUGGCAUACCAGAGAUGAGCAUGCAGAUUGGGAGACUCCCAAGUUUUUACAAACAAAAGAGCUACUAUUUCUAUUCAUCAUGGGCAUAUGCAAUACCAGCUUCAGUCCUAAAGGUCCCUGUUUCCAUACUGGAUUCGCUUGUAUGGAUAUCUAUCACAUAUUAUGGUAUUGGUUAUACACCUACUGUUUCAAGGUUCUUCUGCCAGUUUCUGAUACUUUGUCUUCUCCAUCAUUCAGUCACCUCGCAGUAUCGAUUUAUUGCUUCAUACUUCCAAACACCUAUUGUGUCUUUCUUCUACCUUUUUCUUGCUCUAACAGUAUUCCUUACAUUCGGAGGCUUCAUUCUUCCCAAGACCUCCAUGCCAGAAUGGCUAAACUGGGGAUUUUGGAUAUCUCCAAUGGCAUAUGCAGAAAUCAGCAUAGUUAUUAACGAGUUCUUGGCACCAAGAUGGCAGAAGGAAAGUAUUCAAAACAUAACAAUUGGGAACCAAAUCCUGGUUAAUCACGGCCUAUAUUACAGUUGGCAUUUUUAUUGGAUAUCCUUUGGAGCCUUGCUUGGAUCUAUUCUUUUAUUUUAUAUCGCUUUUGGAUUGGCACUAGAUUACAGAACACCUACAGAAGAAUAUCAUGGAAGCAGGCCUACAAAGAGCUUAUGUCAACAGCAGGAAAAAGAUUCCACUAUUCAAAAUGAAUCUGAUGAUCAAUCAAAUAUUUCCAAAGCAAAGAUGACUAUACCAACUAUGCAUCUUCCAAUUACAUUCCACAAUCUGAACUACUACAUUGAUACCCCACCGGAAAUGCUGAAACAAGGCUAUCCAACAAGAAGACUUCGACUGCUUAAUAACAUAACUGGAGCUUUACGUCCCGGUGUUCUUUCUGCACUAAUGGGUGUUAGUGGAGCUGGGAAGACAACUCUACUAGAUGUAUUAGCAGGAAGGAAAACAGGAGGUUAUAUUGAAGGGGACAUAAGAAUAGGUGGAUAUCCCAAGGUGCAGGAAACAUUUGUCAGAAUCUUGGGUUACUGCGAACAAGUCGACAUACAUUCCCCACAGCUUACAGUUGAAGAGUCUGUAACUUAUUCUGCGUGGCUUCGUCUGCCUUCUCAUGUCGACAAACAAACAAGAUCUAAAUUUGUUGCUGAAGUCCUUGAAACUGUUGAACUAGAUCAAAUAAAAGAUGUCUUAGUGGGGUCACCACAGAAAAAUGGAUUGUCCAUGGAGCAGAGAAAGAGGCUAACGAUUGCAGUCGAGCUUGUUUCAAACCCAUCAAUCAUACUAAUGGAUGAACCAACAACAGGUUUAGAUACAAGGUCAGCAGCCAUUGUUAUUCGUGCAGUCAAAAAUAUUUGUGAAACAGGAAGGACGGUAGUCUGUACAAUCCAUCAGCCGAGCACUGAAAUUUUUGAGGCAUUUGAUGAGCUCAUAUUAAUGAAAACCGGUGGGAAAACAAUCUACAAUGGACCAAUAGGAGAGCGCUCCUGCAAAGUGAUUGAGUACUUUGAGAAAAUUUCUGGAGUCCCAAAAAUAAAGAGUAACUGCAAUCCAGCUACCUGGAUGAUGGAUGUAACAUCGACAUCAAUGGAGGUUCAACACAACAUGGACUUUGCAAUUUUGUAUGAAGAGUCGUCACUGCAUAGAGAAGCUGAAGAUCUAGUGGAGCAGCUAAGUAUCCCAUUACCAAAUUCAGAAAAUCUACGCUUCUCCCAUAGUUUUGCACAGAAUGGCUGGAUUCAACUUAAAGCUUGCUUGUGGAAACAAAACAUAACUUACUGGAGAAGUCCUCAGUAUAACUUGAGGCGCAUUAUGAUGACUGUCAUAUCUGCCCUGAUCUACGGAGUAUUGUUCUGGAAGCAUGCAAAAGUAUUAAACAACGAGCAGGACAUGCUCAGUGUUUUUGGUGCAAUGUAUUUGGGUUUCACAACCAUAGGCGCUUAUAAUGAUCAGACAAUCAUACCAUUCAGUACGACUGAGCGUAUUGUAAUGUAUCGUGAGAAAUUUGCAGGAAUGUAUUCAUCUUGGUCAUAUUCAUUCGCACAGGCUUUCAUUGAGAUACCCUAUGUAUUUAUCCAAGUGGUACUGUAUACGUUAAUUGUCUAUCCGUCAACUGGUUAUUAUUGGACAGCACACAAAUUCCUAUGGUUCUUCUACACUACAUUUUGUUCAAUUCUCUCCUAUGUUUAUGUUGGGUUGCUUCUUGUUUCAAUAACCCCCAAUGUUCAAGUAGCUACCAUACUGGCUUCAUUUUUCAACACCAUGCAAACACUAUUCUCAGGAUUUAUUUUACCUGCACCUCAAAUCCCAAAGUGGUGGACUUGGCUCUACUAUCUCACUCCUACAUCUUGGGCACUCAAUGCCCUCUUGACAUCACAAUACGGAAACAUAGAAAAAGAGGUGAAAGCAUUUGGAGAAACUAAAUCAGUUUCAAUCUUCUUGAAUGACUAUUUUGGGUUUCAUCAAGACAAGUUGAGCAUAGUAGCAACUGUCCUCGUUGCCUUUCCUUUUGUGUUGAUAAUCUUGUUUUCGUUGUCCAUUGAGAAACUUAAUUUCCAGAAGAGGUAAGCAAGUUCUGACAUUCCAACAGACAUGAAUCUGUACAUGUUAAGAGAUAUAGCUACUUGCCUUUUUUCCAACUGCGAAAUGCAGAAUCAGAGCUGAUUGGGUGGCUAUUUUUCUCAAAUCUGAUGGGUAAACCUCGUGAAUAAGUAAUUGUGUACAAUAACUUGAUUGUGCUAAGUAUGAUUGUGAGUUGUAAUCUUUUUG